ACAAAACUACAAAGUUUUUGUCUUCUCGCGUUUCAGUCUACCUUCGGACUGGUGGUUCAUUGGCAACAUUGAAGUUAUGGCCGCGUUGCGUAGCUUGAAGGUUAUGAAUGUGUUAUUUGCAGAUGCACGCAGGACAGUUGGCAUCUUUUCUCCUAUUCGGACUUUCAGAACUGGUGUGAAGAUUUUAUCCCAGUCUGGAGACCACCAGGCUGCAGGUUUUUUUAGGCCUGUUGAAGAAAUCAUGUUGCCACCGAAUACAUUUAAGAAUAAGGUGGCAUUUAUCACAGGUGGAGGCACUGGUUUGGGAAAGAGGAUGACUAAGACCCUGUCCAGUUUGGGUGCACAGUGUGUAAUUGCCAGUAGAAAAAUUGACGUAUUACAGAAUUCAGCUGAAGAAAUUUCUCAAGAGACUGGAAACAAGGUUCAUGCAGUCCAGUGUGAUGUGAGAGAUCCGGCAUCUGUACAGGCUGCAGUAGAUGAACUAAUCCGAGUUGCAGGGCUUCCUGAUGUGGUAAUCAAUAAUGCUGCUGGCAAUUUCAUCUCUCCUACAGAAGCACUAUCUCCAAAUGCCUGGAGAACUAUAACAGAUAUAGUUUUAAAUGGCACAGCCUAUGUAACUCUUGAUAUUGGAAAACGUCUAAUUAAAGAGAAAAAAGGGGCAGCUUUCCUGGCAAUCACAACCAUCUAUGCAGAAAGUGGAUCAGGCUUUGUAGUUCCCAGUGCUUCUGCAAAAGCAGGAGUUGACGCUUUAUGCAAGUCACUUGCUGGUGAAUGGGGAAGAUAUGGAAUGAGAUUCAAUGUUAUCCAACCUGGACCAAUAAAAACAAAGGGUGCCUUUAGUCGUUUGGAUCCAACAGGAACAUUUGAAAAAUCAAUGGCUGACAGAAUACCAGUGGGACGUUUGGGGACACCUGGAGAAAUUGCAAACCUUGUUGCAUAUCUCUGUAGUGACUAUGCCAGCUGGGUUAAUGGAGCAGUAAUUAGAAUGGAUGGCGGAGAAUAUGUUUUUAUGGCUGGUGAAUUUAAUAACCUAAUAAAGGUAACCAAGGAACAGUGGACUUUAAUGGAAUCAUUGAUUAGACAAACUAAGGGAUCCUAGAUGGCAUUUGAAUGAAAAAUAAUGAGGAAUUUAGUGUCAAUGAAACUUUUCAUUAAAAAAAUGUAGGCAUUAUUUUGCAUUCAAUUCUUAUAAUGAAUUGCUUAUUAAAGUUUGUUGCAAAUAUUGGUCCCAUCUGGAGUAGAAGUGAAUCAGAGGAUGAUCUACAAUGUAUGUUGUCACAUCAAAUUCAUGAUGUGUUUCAAUGCAUCAAUUUCUGGAAAGAGUACAGUGACACAUUUAGAUGUUUCUUUACCCUGUUAUUUUUUUCUGACUUACUAAAUGAAGGUCCCAAUAGAUUAAAUCAUUGAAAUUUCUCAUUUUGAAAUAGUUUUGAAUAAUGAAGCAUAGAUUGACACUGUAUUCGUCCCUUCAGGGAAAUUCAGGAUGCUCAACUUUCCCUAAAAGCAGGGUUAAUUCCAUGACAGAAACUAGGAUAAGUUAAUAAAAAGGAAAUUAGAAGCCGCAAGUAUUUCUUUUGCAUCAUCUGAGAAUUUAUCUAAAUUUAAAUUCCAUCAUUUAUAUCCUUCAAAAUAACUUAAAACCAAAAGUAAAAUACAGAAAUAUAACUAACUUUCACUGGACCAAGGAGACUACAACAUAACUGUAAAAUUUGCUGAGUACAUUUUUGAAAUACUUAACUUCAGUAGUAUGAAACUUCAGCUUUUAUGGUUUACUGUUUUACAAGCAAAAUUGAACAAUAAUUUAUUAAAAAAAAAAAAAAAGUCAAGUCAAGAAAGUCAAAAUUCUGAGCUGUACACAUCUUAUGAUAUAUUCACACAAAGUCAUGUAAGAGUUCUGAGAUAUAAUUUUCUUAUUGUUUGGCUCCAAAAUAAUAUUAUUGCGUAGCAUAUUUUGGGAUUCUUACAUCCGUAAAAGUUAUGUUCAGUUCUGAUUGGUUUUUGUUUGAAAAGUUUACCACCUAGUCUUGAAUGAAGGACUUUGUUGGGGUUGCUUAAAUAUUUUGUAUCUGAAUAAGGAUACCUUGGAGGACUGGGGCAGAAUUGUCUUUGUACAUCAUGAGUUUGUACACAGAAAAUUUGUACGGUUUUAUGAGGAAUGUUAAAAUAUGGAUUCACAAAUCCAAAGUUGAAAACCAAACAAAUUCUAUCCAAAAUUGCAAUAUUGUAAAGAAAAGUCAAUUAUGAGAACUUGAAGUUAAACAUAAACAGGAGUCCCUUGCCUGAAGAACAAUGUUUCUUUUUGAACUGUAAUUAUCCAGUUACUUUUAGCUGAAUUACUAUAUGUUAAAAUCGUGGAUGGAUCAAAUAUCUGUUAAAGGAUAAAAUUUAUAGAACUUGAUAUAAUUACAUUGCACCUUGAUUAAACUUCUACUGUUCAUAAA